AUGGUGUUAAAGUCACUGUCAGCUGGUGGUGUUUCAGUGUAUCAAGUUGCUGGAGCCAAUGUUUCCAGAUCGUUACCUGAUUGGAUAGCGAAAAAGAGAAAGCGUGCUUUAAAGCUUGACUUGGAGUAUCAGAAUCGUAUUGAAUUAAUUCAAGAUUUUGAAUUCAGUGAAGCUUCCAAUAAGGUUAAAGUAACUCCUGAUGGACAGUAUGCCAUGGCCACAGGUACUUAUAAACCUCAAAUACAUGUGUACGAUUUUGCUAACUUAUCUUUAAAGUUUGAUAGACAUACUGAUACAGAGAAUGUGGAUUUUGUUAUACUUUCUGAUGACUGGACUAAAUCUAUACACUUGCAAAAUGACAGAUCUAUUGAGUUUCAAACUAAAGGUGGGAUUCAUUAUAAAACUAGAGUUCCCAAGUUUGGGAGGUCCAUUGCAUAUGAUCCAGUCAAAUGUGAUUUCUUGGUAGGUGCUUCAGGCAAUGAAAUAUACAGACUUAAUUUGGACCAGGGCCGGUUCCUUAAUCCCUAUGUGUUGGAUACUUCACAGGGUGUUAACUCAGUUGGUAUAAAUUCAGUACAUGGAUUAGUUUCUGCUGGUUUAGAAGAUGGUACAGUGGAAUUUUGGGAUCCAAGAAGUAGGCAAAGAGCAGCUAAGUUAUUCAUUAAUGAUCAACUUGGAGAAUCUCUUCUGGUCACGGCUACAGCUUUCCGUAAUGAUGGGUUAAAUUUUGCUUGUGGGACACUGACUGGGAUGUCACUUUUAUUUGAUUUAAGAAACUCUGUACCUUAUUCUGUUAGAGAUCAAGGAUAUGGUUUUGAUAUCAAAAAGAUCAUAUGGUUAGAUGAAAAUGCUUCAGAUAGUGAUAAAAUCUUAACUUCAGAUAAAAGAAUUGCCAAAAUAUGGGAUAGGAAUGAUGGUAAAUUAUUUGCAUCUAUGGAACCUAGUGUUGACAUUAAUGAUGUUGAAUAUAUUAAGGAUUCUGGUAUGUUCUUCAUGGCUAAUGAAGGAAUGCCCAUGCAUACUUAUUAUAUUCCUAACUUGGGUCCUUCGCCAAAAUGGUGUUCAUUCUUGGAUAAUGUCACUGAAGAGUUGGAAGAGAAACCUUCAGACUCAGUUUAUUCGAAUUACAGAUUUAUUACUCGAGACGAAGUUACCAAGUUGAAUUUGUCACACUUGAUAGGUUCCAAGGUUUUACGAUCUUAUAUGCAUGGUUUCUUUGUUGAUACCGAAUUGUACGAGAAGGUUAACUUGAUUUCCAAUCCUGAUUCAUACAGAGACCAAAGAGAAAGAGAAAUUAGAAAGAAGAUUGAACAAGAAAGAGAAUCAAGAAUCAGAACCACAGGGGCUAUCACCAACACUAAAAUUAAGGUUAAUGAAGGAUUGGCAAGCAAAUUACAACAGAAACAAGGUACUGAAGCUGCUGAAUCUGUUAUUAAUGAUGAUCGUUUCAAGGCAUUAUUUGAAAAUCCUGAUUUCGCAGUGGAUGAAGAGUCUCAUGAAUAUAAGCAAUUGAAUCCAGUUAAAUCAGAAAAGGAUGUGGAAGUAAAUAGAUCUCGUGGAUUAACCGCUGCUGAGGAAUCAGACGAAGAAAAGGCUCGUGGAAGUAACAGUGACAGCGAAAGUGAAAGUGAAAGUGAGGAAGAUGACGAUGACGACGAUAAUGAUGAAGAAGAAGAAGAAGCCAAGGCUUUGACUAAACAAAAGGUUCAAAAAGAAAUGGAAAGGUUGAAACGUAAGAAGGAACAAGAUUUAGCAGCCUCUAGGUUUAUGAACGAAUUAAAGGUUCUGUCCGAUGCCACUACAGAAGCCAAAUCUAAUCAAACAUUUGGUACGCAAGUGAAGAAACAAAAUAGAAUCUCUAAGAACAGACCACUCAAUGAUGUACGUGUUCGUCGUCAUGCAAAGGGAGAGGUUGAGAUGACUUUUGUUCCUCUGGAUAAACCUGAACCAAAGAAGAGGGUAGCAUUUGAAGACCAAGAAAAGGGAGAUGACGCAGGCUUGCGAGGCAGAACUAAGCAACGGUUUGAAGGUCGUAGAAGGGCAUCUAAGAACACAUUCAGGGGUAUGUAG